CCGAGGCGGCCAUCUUUCCUCUUUCCAAUCGUCGCCAUGCUUCUUCAUGUGGAGUCCUAACGCAGCGCAGAGCGCCACCUAGAGUUUCCCUGUUCCCUGUGCAGGAUCAUGGAACGGCUGUGGUUCUCUUUGCUGCUGCUGGCGGCGGCGUGCCGGGGCCAGCCGUGUCCCAAACGCUGCAUGUGCCAGAGCCUUUCUCCGUCGCUCGCCAUUCUCUGCUCCAAGACGGGAUUGCUGUUUAUUCCUGCUGCCAUUGACCGGCGCACCGUGGAGCUGCGGCUCCAAGAAAACUUCAUUACGGCUGUUCGAAGAAGGGACUUUGCCAACAUGACCAGCCUGCUACACCUGACCCUUUCCAGAAACACCAUCAGUCAGAUUUUCCCUUCGGCCUUCAGCGACCUGCGGCGACUGAGAGCACUCCAUCUCGAUUCGAAUAGAUUGACUGAGAUAAAGGAUGAACAUUUCCAUGGCCUGACCAACCUCCGUCACUUGAUCCUCGCCAACAAUCAGCUCCUCUCCAUAUCUAGCCAUGCCUUUGACGACUUCCUAUCCACGCUGGAGGAUCUCGACCUUAGCUACAACAACCUUGCCCAAGUGCCUUGGGACACGAUCAGGCGCCUAACCAAUGUCAAUACCCUAAAUAUGGAUCACAACCUCAUUGAAAAUGUUCCUCAAGGGGUAUUCACCAACCUACACAAGUUGGCCAGGCUCGACAUGACGUCCAAUAAGCUGAAGAAGAUUCCCCCGGACCCAUUGUUCCUGAGAAUCCCAGUGUAUGCCAAGUCCAAAGGCUCGCCGCUCACCUCCCUGGUGUUGAGUUUUGGUGGCAACCCCCUUCACUGUAACUGUGAACUUCUGUGGUUGAGAAGGCUGACCAGAGAAGAUGACCUCGAGACAUGCGCCUCUCCCUCGGACCUCAGCGCCAGGUACUUCUGGACAAUACCUGAAGAGGAGUUUAUUUGUGACCCACCAGUUCUGACUCGUAAGUCACCCCAUACAGUGACUAUGGUGGGUCAACCUGCCAGCCUGAAGUGCAAGGCGAAUGGAGACCCAGAGCCAGAAGUCCACUGGAUCAGCCCUGAAGGGCGACUUAUAUCUAAUAGCUCCAGAACGUUGGUUUUCCCUAACGGAAGCCUGGACAUCAACGUCACGUCCCUGAAGGAUUCAGGUAACUUCACCUGCAUUGCCUCCAACGCAGCGGGCGAAUCCACGGGAAGAGUGGAGCUCAUCGUCACGGCGAUACCCCAUCUGGCGAACAGCACGAGCCGCGGCCGAGACCCGUCCUCCGAGCAGGCGCCGUCCGACAUCCUGACCUCCUCGAAGGUCGCCAACGAGACCAGAGGGGCAGACCGGAGGGUCUCGUUGGUGGAGUUGACGGGGAACUCUGCCCUCAUUAGAUGGAGCAGCCAGACCUCCACAACUGGAGUUCGGAUGUUCCAGGUCCAGUACAACAGCUCUGGGGACGACACACUGGUGUACAGGAUGAUUCCAUCCAGCAGCAACGACUUCCUGGUUCGGGAUCUCGCCGCCGGACGCAACUACGACCUCUGCGUCCUGGCCGUGUUCGAAGACGUGGCCACGUCGCUGACCGCCACUCGCCCCCUGGGCUGCCUGUCCUUCACCACGGACACCGAGUUCAGCCAGUGCCAGGCGCUGCACAGCCACUUCCUGGGCGGCACCAUGAUCAUCAUCAUCGGAGGGAUCAUCGUCGCCUCCGUGUUGGUUUUCAUCAUCAUCCUGAUGAUACGAUACAAGGUGUACAGCAACCAGGGGGCGGGGCCAGGAAAAGCAGACAUGGUGGCAACGUCGCCGCCGAGACCGCACAGCAACGGGCGAGGAGGAGGAGGAGGAGGAGGCGGGCAAGUCCACGUCUUCCCUCACUCGGCCUCGAAAAUGCCCGACGGCCAGGAAGACCAAGCGCGAGCGCCGUCGUCCAGGGCCAUGUCGCCUAGCAACACUCUGAGAGACGCCGUGGCAAUGGUGGAGGAGGCGAGCGGCGGACGGAGCACAAUGACACGGACUGACUCCUCCUCGGCCAAUGAGGAGCUGCUCUCGCCCACCAGGGCUCGCUUCUCCUCCAGGGUCGCCUUCGAGAUGAAGAGCAGACCGCCGUCCGUCGCCAAAGAGCCCACCGCCUCCUCGCCCAAGGAACCGGCAGCAGACGGCAGGCGGCCUCAGAGUGUGGAAUGGAGAGACUUUAAGAUCUGAAGAACUCUGACGCUGUUGAUCUGAGAUGUGGAGAACGUCACCACCAGGGAGAGAACUGGUGAGAACUGAAGAAGAAGAAGAAGAAGAGAAAAAAAGCCCUAAAGAUCCUUUCCCCAUAUCUCUUGUUUACGAGUACCCAUCACUUUGUUUCCAUUGAGUAUAAUUGAGUAAAAGACCUAUACUGUCUGCUUUACUAUUAACUACCAAUGUCUGGAGUGGAUGUGUCAAGGAACCGGUGUGUUGCUGCUACAGGAUCCAGCUUUCAGUAUGAUAAUCAUAAAUCACGUUUCUCAUGGAAACGACACACACUGAAUGCUGGAUUUUCCAUUUCUGAAACGUGUAUCUGUAAAAUCAGAUCCAAUGGGAGCAAAGAUAUAUGCGGAUGCGUACGAAAAUAUAGACAGGAAGAAAAUAUAAAUGAACUUCUCAUCAUCAACAUUCUGAUACCAAGUGGAUCAUAUUAACAGACAGACAGUAAAGAAGUUGGAUGCAUAGAAAAUCAUACGGAUAUACAAUUUGAUAGACUUGCACAAACAGAAAGGAAAUAAUAUGACGCGUGAUUGUUUUUGGCUACGAAGAUGUGUUACGCAAUCGAAUGACAAUGGCUCCUUGUUCCGGAACGUGAGGGUCUCUGAAAAUGGCGGACUCAAAAGUAGCACUACUCCAUUCAUCCAUGUGGACAUGUGGACUGAUCCAAGUCCGCUACACUGAACUGAGCUGAGCCGGUCCCGGAGCUGCAUCUGGAUCUCAAACCCUUGACUGGACCCUGUUAUCUCUCAAUCAGAGAAGUCUGAUUCUGGGAUUCUGAGCUGGACAAAAAACCUGGAACGCAGACAAGCCUCAACUGGAAUACACUGCUUAAGGAUUCAGACUGUGAUCCGAUGCAGACUAAACCGGACUAGACUGGACUAGAUGAGCCUGUUAUUGGUCUUGUCUGUUUUCCCGUUGGAUAGGGAGUGCCGAGGACCUUCUGGACCUCUCUAACGUCUCCUCAGGCCCACUUAUACAGACCAAGAGAUCCGGAUGAAAAGUCGAGAAGGAAACAGAAAGAGAAUAAUAAAAUAAAGUAGCGCGGUAUCAGUGAGCCAAAUCACGCCUAUCAGCCUCCAUCGGAUUCACCGUCAUCCCUGAAUACGUUUACAGGUCCAAAUCGAAAUACUUAAUUUAAAUAAAAAAUGCUGUAUGACUGUAUAUGACUGCAACCCAUGCAUUAUAAACAUCAUGGUUGUAGCCACCAGGGCCCUCUGCAUAUCCACAUUAUAACAUUCACACAUCUCAACAGGCCACAUACAUUAUAUAUACACAUAUAUAUAUGUGUAUAUAUACACAUAUACAGGACUGUCUCAGAAAAUUAGAAUAUUGUGAUAAAGUUCUUUAUUUUCUGUAAUGCAAUUAAAAAAACAAAAAUGUCAUGCAUUCUGGAUUCAUUACAAAUCAACUGAAAUAUUGCAAGCCUUUUAUUCUUUUAAUAUUGCUGAUUAUGGCUUACAGCUUAAGAAAACUCUAAAAUCCUAUCUCAUAAAAUUUUAAUAUUUCCUCAGACCAAGUAAAAAAAAAGAUUUAUAACAGCUGAGUGUUUGUCAAGGCUCAGGAAACCCUUGCAGGUGUUUCGAGUUAAUUAGACAAUUCAAGUGAUUUGUUUAAUACCCUACUAGUAUACUUUUUCAUGAUAUUCUAAUAUUUAGAGAUAGGAUAUUUGAGUUUUCUUAAGCUGUAAGCCAUAAUCAGCAAUAAAUCAGAAUAAAAGGCUUGCAAUAUUUCAGUUGAUUUGUAAUGAAUCCAGAAUGCAUGACAUUUUUGUUUUUUUAAUUGCAUUACAGAAAAUAAAGAACUUCAUCACAAUAUUCUA